AUGGAUCAACGUACAGAUACCACAGUGAUCAAAGAAAAAAUUAUUUCAAAUUUAUCUAUAUCAUCGAAAAUAAUGGAUCAAAAUACUGAUUUUAUACAGCAUAUUUCUGCUCAACAAACCCAAAAUUCUACGCUGGAUACUUAUAAUGGACAAACUUCAAACUCUAUGCAAGAUAGUCGUAUUGAACAAACUCCAAAUUCUACGCCGGAUAAUACUUCUCAACAACCUGAAGAAAAUCGAUUGAUAAACCUUGUGCACGACGAUUUCCCAGAAAUUCUAUGUGUUGAUAAUCAAACAUGGAAUUCCAGUGGUAAACAUUUUUUAUAA